UACUGGAAGCAAAGGGUGGACACUGGCUCUCUCCACAAAGAUUCCUGAGAUAUCAGGCUAUACUGGUAGAACAGGACGAUAUGGAGAUCGUAGUUACUAACAUUGUCAACCCAGCUUCUUUCCUCAGUGGAAACACAGGAGAACCGGUGCAUCAUGACUGCUUGGAAACCAUCGAAGCAACAUAUGCAAGCCGUCCGGACCUGAGGGACAGCCCUAUGGAAAACGGAGAAAACUGUUCACAGACGGAAGCAGUUAUGUCUUGAGUGGUAGGCAACAUAUGGGAUACGCCAUUACCACCAGUCAAGAAGUAAUAGAGUCAGGGCCAUUGCCCAUGAAUACCUCUGCACAGAAGGCAGAAAUAAUUGCCCUGACCCGUGCCCUGGAAUUGGCCCAAGGCAAAGUUGUCAAUAUUUAUACAGACUCGAAAUAUGCCUUCAGGGUUGUACAUGCACAUGGAGCAAUCCAGAAAGAAAGAGGAUUAUUGAACUCUCAAGGGAAAAAUAUCAAACAUGCAGAAGAAAUCUUGAAGCUAUUGGAGGCUGUCCAACUUCCUGAGAAAGUGGCAAUCAUGCACAUUAAGGCACACCAGAAAGUGAGCUCAGAUUUAGAAAAAGGAAAUGAGCUGGCGGACAGAGAGGCAAAACAAGUAGCUAAAACAGAGGUAAAAACAGAAGGGGCUCUAGUCCCCGACAGGAGAAUCUCUCUAGAAGAAAAAACUCUGGAACCACAGUGGGAAGGCCCGUUCCAGGUACUCCUCACCUCCUUUACAGCAAUCAAGAUCAAAGAACAGAAUGCCUGGGUACAUCACACUAGAGUAAAAAAAGCACCACGAAAGGUUUGGACCUCUGAAGUCCAGGGACCCCUGAAGCUCAAACUGCAAAGGUAGAAUGUGGAUUAAGAUCUGCAUAAUCCUGCUAAACCUACAGGCGAUUAGCGUAGCUGCUUGGCAAGAGAAUUCGUCUGUACAAUUGACACAGAACAUUACUCAAAUUAUAAAUAAGACUGAUUGUUGGGUUUGUACCCAAAUGCCAAGGCAUUCUGGUCAUGGAGUGCCCUUGAUAGGUGUCCCAUUGCCAUUGAAUGUCUCUUGGACAAAUGUUACUUUCUGGAAAAAUACUACUCUCAGGAAAGAUCCCCAAGCCAAGUGGGGCCAAAGGUUGGAAAUGAAAACAAUAACGGCCAAUACCUCAGGAGACCGUUGCCUAGUAAGCUCAGGGAACGGUACGUUUGUUGGGGAAUAUUCAAAUUGCAAUAAAUCCAUCUCAUUGAACAUGACAACUAUUGACCCAGCAUUUCAGUUACUUAAUUACACUGGCCUCCCGGUUCUGUUAGGAACAGGGUGGUAUUGGUUAUGUGGUACAGCAGCCCGGAAGACUUUGCCUCUGGGGUGGCAGGGAGCAUGUACUUUAGGUGCCCUGGUCCCCAACAUUACUAUUAUUGAUAAAACAACACAAAAUCCCAUGAGAAGAAAAUGAAGAGCCACUUCAAUCAGAAACCGAAGGAUGAGUAACCCCUUAAUAGAAAGGCCGACAGGCUAUCAUAGCUUCAUGCGAUGGCUAAUCCCAUCUCUGAGGGUUAGUGAGUUAGAAAAGGCUAUAGUAAACAUCUCAGCUGUAAUAGAGAUAAUUGAGAAUAAAACCAUAGAAGCUAUUGGAGCGCUCCAAGAAGAAACUAUUUGUUUAUUGAAAAUAGUAUCACAAAAUCAUAUGGCUCUAGAUUUAUUAUUAGCCUCACAAGGAGGGGUAUGCACAGUGA